UUGGCACUCGCAAUAAAACCCCCUCACUACGCACACAAACGCAGCAGGGAGGAGCGCGCAAGCAACCUGUUCGACCUCGUGCUCACACUGCAGCUCAACUCAGCGCAGCUCGCCAUGGGCAUGGCUCAGGAGCACCAAGAAAGCUCGUCGUCGUCCUCGUCCUCGUCCUCGGCUACCUCCACUUCGUCCUGCAACUCCGCAGUGACGGACGCGUCGUCGUCGCCGGCGAUGAGAGCCAAUGCCGUGGUCGGCGGGAAGAGGAAGCAGGAGGUGGUAGGAGAGGUGCUACUUGAGGCUGGCGGCGCAGAAGAGGAGGAGGUGGAGGAAGGGAGGAAGACGACGGCGGCAACGAAGAAGAGGAAGCGGAGCAGCGACGGGAAGCACCCGGUGUUCCGCGGCGUGCGGAUGCGGGCGUGGGGGAAGUGGGUGUCGGAGAUCCGCGAGCCGCGCAAGAAGUCGCGCAUCUGGCUGGGGACCUUCCCCACCGCCGAGAUGGCCGCGCGCGCCCACGACGUCGCCGCGAUCGCCAUCAAGGGACGCGCCGCGCACCUCAACUUCCCCGACCUCGCCGGCGUCCUGCCCCGGGCCGCCUCCGCGGCGCCCAAGGACGUCCAGGCCGCCGCCGCAUUGGCCGCCGCGUUCAGCACGUCGCCGGAGGAAUCCGACGCCGCGCCAUGCGUUGUCCACGCAGACGUCGACGACGAGCAGCGGCCGGUCACCACCAAGAACGACUCCUCCGCCACCGCGCCGGAGUCCGCCACGCCGUCGACCAGCAGUGAGACGGCGGUGGAGGCGGAGGAGCAGCAGCUGUUCGACCUGCCGGACUUGCUGUUCGACAUCCAGGAAAUGCCGUUCGGGUUCGCGACCAUGUGGGCGCCGCUCCCCGACGUCGACGAGGUCAAUGCGGAGCUCCGGCUCGAGGAGCCAUUGCUUUGGGACUUGGGAGUAGCAGAUGCUUAAUCACAAGGACUAAACAGCAAUAUACUACUAGGAUUAAUUACCAGUUUUAAUUUCUUAUUUUUUUCCUUUUUAUUUUCUUUUGUAGUUUAUUACCUUUGGAAAAGCAGUAUUUCUUCCUUCUACUUUCUUCCUUUUUUUCUAUUUGCUUAAUAAGGGGGUAAUAUCUAAUAUAUACAAAUAGUCAAAUACUACUGAGGAAAAAAAAUGCUAUAUACAUAUAGUGUAAUGGUAUCUGCAGUAACAUUAUUAUUGUUAUUGCUACAUAGUUGUGUGUGAACUGUGCAAGUAGUUGACCUUGCUAGAAUUUAGGUGAUGUAUACUGUGUACUCCAUGUUCUGUAUUGAGUUCCCCAGAAAAAGAAUUCAUCAGUGUGUAAUGCAAUGGAAAUUGAGCUGAAACAAACAAGUUUCCCAGGAACCUGGUCCAGCUAUAGGAUGUUACUGGCUCACUGCAGCUGACUUUGGUAAUAUUAAAACUCCAUUCCCUUGCUCUGCUAAU